UCCGCGUGUUCAACAUUUAAGCAUUUUUCUUUUUUCUCGUAAAGAAUUUUAUUUAAAUUCUAUUAAAAAAUAGUACUUAAGUUAAAAUAAUAUAAAAAAAAUAAAUUUAUUAUUGAAUUAUUAUUGCAAUUGUGUAAAUAUUAAUAGUGAUAAUAAUUGUUAAACUUAUAAUGAGUGAAAAUCGUGAGGUAAUUUUAGAGCUAAUAAAAGAGCAAGGAGAAUUAGUGAGAAAAUUAAAAGCUGCAAAAGAACCAAAAGAAAGGGUAUUUUAAAACUAUAAUUAAAAUAAGAAUUGAAUAAUUCAUAAAAGAAAUCGUUCAACUUUUCGAAUUUUUUGGCAAUUUAAUUCCAAUAAAAUUAUUUAAUUAAAAAAUAUUAAAAAGAAAAAUAAAAAAAAAUGUUGCGUCAAUUAAAUUUCUACGGUUCAACAAAGAAUUUACUGAGUGAGCUUUGGUAUAUUAAGAAGAAACUGGUUCAACAAAGUUCAUAUUUACCAGAUCGAUUGAUUAAUAUUAAAAAUUAUUCAUUUUAUAAAAGAGAUCCUAAUGAUAACGAUGUGAUUGAACAACAAAUUCAACAGAUUGAUGAAGAAGUUGCAAAACUUCUUGCUCUUAAAGCAAAACUAAAUGAUGAACAACCAUCACCACAUAAGUUUACUUUAAAAACUCCAAAAGGUACUAGAGAUUAUGGACCACAACAGAUGGCAUUACGGCAAAGUGUUUUAGAUAAAAUUGUUUCUGUAUUUAAAAAGCAUGGUGCUGAAGCAAUUGAUACUCCUGUUUUUGAACUGAAAGAAGUAUUAACUGGAAAAUAUGGUGAAGAUUCCAAAUUAAUUUAUGAUUUAAAAGAUCAAGGUGGUGAAAUAUUAUCAUUACGUUAUGAUUUAACUGUACCAUUAGCUAGAUAUUUAGCUAUGAGUAAAAUUUCUUCUAUAAAACGUUAUCAUAUAGCUAAAGUAUAUCGUCGAGAUAAUCCAGCUAUGACAAAGGGUCGUUAUCGUGAAUUUUAUCAGUGUGAUUUUGAUAUUGCGGGCUCAUAUGAUCCAAUGAUACCAGAUUCAGAAUGUGUAAAAAUUGUAGCAGAAAUUUUGGAUAUUUUAGAUAUUGGAGAAUAUGUUAUUAAAUUAAAUCAUCGUCAACUAUUAGAUGGUAUGUUUGAGGCAUGUGGUGUACCAGUUGAUAAAUUUCGAACUAUAUGUUCUUCGGUAGAUAAAUUAGAUAAGACACCAUGGACUGAAGUACGAAAAGAAAUGAUAGAAGAAAAAGGUCUCGAUGAAAUAAGCGCUGAUAAAAUUGGACAAUAUGUACAAUUGCACGGCGGUUUGGAACUUGUUGAAAAAUUAUUACAAGAUGAAAAAUUAUCAAAAGUUAAAUCAGCUGUUGCUGGCUUAGAAGCAAUGAAACUAUUACUGACAUAUUGCCACAGUAUGGGAUUAGAAAAGAAAAUCUUAUUUGAUUUAAGUUUAGCUCGUGGUCUUGAUUAUUAUACUGGUGUUAUUUAUGAAUGUGUUUUGAAUUCUGAACCUAAACCAUCCAUUAAAAAUGGUGUUCCUAAUAAUAAAGAUGAAGAUGAAGAACAUGGAACGGUUGGAUCAGUUGCAGGUGGUGGACGUUAUGAUAAUUUAGUUGGAAUGUUUUCAAAAAAUAAACAAGUUCCAUGUGUUGGAGUUUCAAUUGGUGUUGAAAGAAUUUUUUCUGUAAUUGAAGCAAAACAUAUUGCUGAGGGUAAAAAAAUUCGUACAACUGAAGUUGAAGUUUAUGUAGCAUCUGCUCAUAAAGGAUUACAUGAAAAACGUUUGAAAAUUAUAAAUGAUUUAUGGGAUCAAGGAAUUAAGGCUGAGCAUUCAUAUAAAGCUAAUCCAAAACUUUUAGCGCAAUUGCAAUAUUGUGAAGAAAAUAGCAUACCAUUUGCUAUUGUUUUAGGUGAUUCUGAAUUAGAACGAGGUGUAGUAAAAUUACGUGAAGUUUCAACUAGAAAAGAAGAUGAAAUUCAAUUGGAUAUGUUAGCUGAAGAGAUAAAAAAGAGAACACGAUAAAUAUUAACCAAAACUUUUUUAAAUAUAAUCAUGAACGUAUACUCCAAAUAAAAUUAAAUGAACAAUUAAAUGUUUCAUAGCAUUUUGAAAAAAAAAAUUAUUACUCCAUUAUUUAUUUUUGAAUUUAAUUGUAGAGAAAAAAAAGAAUCACAAUAUUUAUAUUUUAAGAAUAAUUUAAUUUCUUUAUAAUUAAGAUGUAUCGUAAAAAAUUGUGUUAUAAAUCAAAUUUAAUAAUUUCUUAUGUAUUCAUUUUGAAUUUACAUUAUAAUUGGCAGUGAAACAUAAUAUUUAGCAUAUUGAUCAAAA